CUGUGGAGUGAGAAGGCAGCACCCAAACUGAAAGCACAAGGGUUUUCUUUGGUUUUUAUAGGAAAAACAAAUUGGCAUGAGUACUCUGUCAAACCAGCCAAGGCUGUUUGGGCAGAUGCCUUUCUUUGCUUUUUUCUGUUUAUUUUCCAACAAAUCAAUGCUUAACUGCGUUGUUAUCGGAGCAGAGCAACAGGUGCAAAAAAAUAACUCUCCUGCCAACUCAAAUGAAAAGACCAUGAUUCUGGAAGGAAGUGGUGUAAUGAAUCUCAACCCCAGCAGCAGCCUCCUUCACCAGCAGCCGGCCUGGACAGACAACUACCCCACGUGCAACGUUUCCAGCGGGUUCUUUGGAGGCCAGUGGCAUGAAAUCCACCCCCAGUACUGGACCAAGUAUCAGGUGUGGGAAUGGCUGCAGCACCUUCUGGACACCAACCAGCUGGACGCCAGCUGCAUCCCUUUCCAGGAGUUCGACGUCAAUGGCGAGCACCUGUGCAGCAUGAGCCUGCAGGAGUUCACGAGGGCAGCAGGCACAGCGGGGCAGCUGCUGUACAGCAGCCUGCAGCAUCUCAAGUGGAAUGGCCAGUGCAGCAGCGACCUGUUCCAGUCCACACACAAUGUCAUUGUCAAGACCGAACAAAACGACCCAUCUGUUAUGAACACCUGGAAAGAAGAAAACUAUUUAUACGACACCACCUAUGGUAGCACAGUAGAUUUGUUGGACAGCAAAACUUUCUGUCGGGCUCAGAUCUCCAUGACCACCACGGGUCACCUUCCUGUUGUAGAGUCACCUGAUAUGAAAAAAGAGCCUGACCACCCUACAAAGUCUCACACCAAAAAGCAUAACCCAAGAGGGACUCAUUUGUGGGAAUUUAUCCGUGAUAUCCUCCUGAACCCAGACAAGAACCCAGGGUUAAUCAAGUGGGAAGACCGGUCUGAGGGCAUCUUCAGGUUCUUGAAAUCAGAAGCUGUGGCUCAGCUAUGGGGAAAAAAGAAAAACAACAGUAGCAUGACGUAUGAAAAACUCAGCCGGGCCAUGAGAUAUUACUACAAAAGAGAGAUCCUGGAACGGGUGGAUGGACGCAGGCUGGUAUAUAAGUUUGGGAAGAAUGCUCGUGGGUGGAGAGAAAAUGAAAACUGAGGCUGCCACCUUUUGGAACACAAACCGAGAAACACGCACCAAAUCAAUAAUAACCAGCAAAGAACUCCCGGACGUAAAUAUUUCAAAGACUACUUUUCUCUGAUAUUUAUGUGCCACGAGGGAGACAGUUCUACUUCUAAUGGCAAGAAGGAACACUACAGUUGAUGAAAUUUUUUUUGUUACUUUGAUGUAUGUCCUAUAUGGGGAACAAAUGUACACAGUUUUCUGUGAAAUAUGAUGCUGUAUGUGGCCAGGAUUUGUUUUUGCCUCUCUUGUGAAGCUUUUCUUCUACCACAAAAAUAACAGGGCUGGUGGCCUUGUGCUUCUUGCUAAGAGACAGAAAAAAACAAUUCAGAGGGCAUUAAAUGUUUUUAGAUGCAAAAUGAUUUAGGGAAAGAUGAUGUGUCCUUCGCACAUAAGCACCCAUAGGGCCUCAUCAAGAAGGGGACAUGCUAGUUGGGAUGAAGUUCAUGGUCUCAGGUGGAUGGGAUAAACCAGGAAGGUGCUGGAAAGUUUAACCUGACAUUUUGGAGACAAGGGGUAGAGAAAUGGAAAUUUCCAGAAUCUAGGGUGGGCCGUAAAUCAGUGCAUAAUCAGAAGAUUUGGAAAGUUCGAAUCAGUGAGAAGAAUAAUGGUGUGUGUGUGUGGGCUUUAUAUUUAUUCAGGAAUGAUUUGCCUAAUCUUCCUUUUUCCUAGAAUUGUUGGUGAAAAAACUUGGGGGUGGGGGAGAGAGAGAGAAAGAGAGGAAGAGAAGAGCUAUCCAGGAAAACCCCUCUUUGCGUGUAUUAAUUAUUACAAUCUUCUAUCUUUGAGUCAGCUCUGUCUCAUAUGAACUCUUCUUGAAGUGAAUGGUUUAUUGCUGAGACUUGCAUUCAGGAGAAUAUUUAAAAACAAGAAAGAAAGAACAGGCAGGGAGGAUCGAAAAGACAAGUAAAAACUUCAACUCGGGAGUGAGGCGUUGGAAGUUUCUUCCCUGUUACUGGCAUUGUUCUGGAAUACCUGGUGACUCAUUGCGCCAUGAAAUUCAGGAUGGAAAUCUGUAGACAGUCUGAGAAUUGAACAUCCCGAUCCUUUGCACAGCUUUGCUUUGGGCCUUCCUUUGGCUUUUGACCUCUUCCUUUAUCCUGCCUCUCUCUCUUCUGUGAUUGUAUGGCAUGAAAACUUGUGUUACUUGGAAGGACUGCUCUUCACCAGGCAGGAGAGCCUCUAUCAUGGUGGCUUAUGCAGUGACAGUGGGCAUUUCAUGCUCAGUGGUUGCUAAGUACUUGUAUGUAUUUAGAAGGCUGGAUGUAAAAGAAAUUAAGAAGUCAUUGUACUGAUAAUGAGGACCAUUAUGGGAAGUGACCUUGGAGCUCACAUGACCUCCCUUCUGAAAGUAUAGCCACAUUCAUUUCAUUUCUGCCUCACUUGGUCAGCUCCACUCAACUUUUAUUAAUGAGUAACAAUUAUUGAGAGAACUGAGAAAAAUGAUGCUGAACAGGAACGAGCAACUAUGCGACUCAGAUUAUUUUGGCAAAAGACACGUUACUUUCCAAGGGUAAAAAGCAUGUGGGCUGUCCCACCAUUUGGCUAUCUGUGUAACAUGUGGGGAUUUGUGUGUCCACACAUCUGAACUGUGUGAAGUCAUUAGGGGCAUCUGCCAAUUCUCUGCCAUUCUGUCCUUGGCUUUGCCUGUUCACCAUCACCACGAGCUAGCUCUUCCCUGUGCUCACCCUUCCUCAAACCUAGAAGCCCCUUCCACCCCUCGUGAUGGGUUUUGGCUCUUUGUGCAACCUUUCCUUUGAGGAACAGUCUUUGCUAGAUAGGCGAUAAGUCUUGGAAGAACGAAGAACAGUUCUGCAGAUAAGCAGCAAAUUGUGUUAUUUGUUGAAAGUGACAGUUCCUUGGCACCCAGCACCUAUUUAAAUAGGCUGCAGUAUUAAGGUCUCAGCAUAUCUCUGUUGUCUUGGCUUCUUUGCUGUGUUUUCUAUGUGCUAUUCGUGACUUGGAGAGCCCAAGUAAUUGAACCAUGCCAACCUGGGGUGUGAGCCGAGUAUUUCCUACCAGCGUUGACAGGGAACACAAAGGCCUACUGAGGAAUGUCCCCUUUGUUUUGGGUACUCAGCUCCUCACUUGAGAAGCUUAUUCACAAUGGCUAUCCACUGAGUACUAAACAUGGUCUCCUAGAACCUCCUGAACUCAAAGGUUCUGUUCGCUUUCCUUAGCAAGUUAUGGGAAAUUAAGUCACAUGAUACACUGUUGAGUCUUCAGAAAACUUAGAGCAUCUGAGGCUCCGCUUGGCUUGAUGAAACCGAGUAAGGUCCUGCCUCUCAGAACACACGGUGUCUUGAAGCUGUCACCUGGUCAGGGCAGACCUGAGUCAUGAGGUUUCUUUGGAACACAUUGAUCCUUCUGGAAAGUUCUUGUCUCACUAGAUUGUAAGCUCAUUGAUGGCAGGGGCCUGUUUUUCUGGUACCAGGCAUGAUGCAGGUAGAUAGUAAAUAUGGGUUGAACUAGUGAACAAAUGCCUGUGGAAGACCUCUCUGGUUGGGCAGCCGUGUCUAUAACUGGAACAGGAAUCAUUUCUUCAAUGGAAUAGGAACAGCACAGCCAAAUCUUCCAGGACCUAUUAUCUAUUAUGAACAUUUUACUGUGAGAGUUUUUACUUUAUCUUCCCACCAGCGCUGAGAUGAAACCCAAACAGGCUGUUGGGUUCCCCAAGUCGGCGUGUGUUGGAGGCGAAUUCUGUUAACUUACUUGGAACUGUGAGACUUCUCUGGUACAAGGCACUCAUAAUUAACCCCUUGACACCAAUGAAGAUUAUGAAUGUUUAUAUGAUGUAAAUUGCUAUUUAAGCAUCAAAGAGUUGUCAGGUUUAGUAUUCGGGGGUUGGUUUUUAUUUUAUUUUUCUUUCUGAGGGAUUUUUUUUUUUUGAUAAGGUUAGUUAAUCCACGUUAGAUUUUAGUUUUGCAAGUGUGUUGUUUUUUUUUUUUUCAGAUGUAUAAAAUAUAAGAAAAGGAAGGCAGUAAGAGGGACAAAUGAUUAUAUUAUUCUAUAGGUUUUUUUUUUUAAGCAUCCGGUGAAUGCCUGCCUGCCGUGUGUACAACAUGGAACCAUCUGUGUGAGGGGCUUGUCUAAUUAUGCAGAGUACUGCAGCUCUUCUGCAUGUACUUACUGGAUGGAGAACAUCACAGAGCUCCCAAUAGCAGAAUAAAAUUACCCUCAGCUUUGGUUCUCAGGAUUUGGUUUCUGAAGUAAGAUGGCAUUGAAAGAAAAAAAAAAAAAUACCUGUUGAGACUUUAUCUUAUAAACCUUUGAAACAUGCAGGCCUUUACAAGUUGAACUAAAUUGGGAUUCAGCUUUCUAUAGCUAUCAGCAUAAUGCUUGCCAUCUGGCUUCGGGGUUGACAAACUGGGGAGAGCAACCACACCGCUUCUAUUGUUUAAGUAAAUCAGAAAUCUUUCCCUUUAAGCUAUGGUAAACUUAAACUGAGUGCUCCUAUUUUAUUAGAGAAUUAUAUUUUUCAAGAUAUGGGUUUUUUAUUUGUUCCUUUGACAGGUCCCAGAAAACACUAAUAAAAACCACAGAAACCA